GGAGGCUGAGUCAGCAACCUGCCUUCCCUAGCCUGCUGAGGAAGUGUGUGUCCAGGCUUUCAGGCCGUUAUGCCCUUCAGCUAAAGCAGACCAGAGAGGCCUCCUGAAUAGCUAGCUGGAUUCAAGAACAAGACAGGAGAAGAAAACAUGAGGCCAUGGCUGAGAGGCCUGGUCCUCCAGGCACUGAAGAACUCCCGGAGAUGCUGCAGGUCUCAUGGGCAGCCACCACCUCCACUUGUCCUCCAGAAGGCUGUGGCCAACUGGGAGGCUAUCAGCCUGGGGAAACAGCCCAUGCCUGAGUAUUUCAACUUUGCCCAUGAUGUGCUGGAUGUGUGGAGUCAACUGGAAAAGGAUGGGCACCGGCCCCCAAAUCCUGCAUUCUGGUGGGUCAGUGGCACAGGAGCAGAGGUUAAGUGGAGCUUUGAGGAGCUGGGGAAGCAGUCCAGGAAGGCAGCCAACGUUCUGACAGGUGCAUGUGGCCUGCAGCCUGGGGACAGGAUGAUGCUGGUGCUGCCAAGGAUCCCAGAGUGGUGGCUGGUGAGCGUGGCUUGUAUGCGUACAGGAACAAUCAUGAUUCCGGGUAUCUCUCAGCUGACGGAGAAGGACCUCAAGUACCGGCUACAGUCAAGCAAGGCCAAGGCCAUUAUCACCAGUGACUCCCUAGCUCAGAGGGUGGAUGCCAUUAGUGGUGACUGUCCCUCCCUCCAGACUAAGCUGCUGGUGUCUGACAGUAGUCGGCCAGGGUGGUUGAACUUCAGGGAACUCCUCAGAGAGGCAUCUACAGAGCACAAUUGUGUGAGGACCAAGAGUCAAGAUCCAAUGGUUAUCUACUUCACCAGCGGGACCACUGGAACCCCCAAGAUGAUUGAACACUCCCAUUGCAGCUAUGGACUAGGUUUUGUGGCCAGUGGAAGGCGGUGGGUGGCGUUGACGGAGUCAGACAUUAUGUGGAAUACAACGGACACUGGUUGGGUGAAAGCAGCCUGGACUCUUUUCUCUGCCUGGCCUAAUGGAUCUUGCAUUUUUGUGCACGAGCUGCCUCAAGUUGAUGCCAAAUUCAUCCUGAAUACCCUCUGUGCAUUCCCAAUAACCACCUUCUGCUGUGUCCCAACCAUCUUUCGGCUGCUUGUGCAGGAGGACCUGACCAGGUACCAGUUUCAGAGCCUGAGGCACUGUCUAACAGGAGGAGAAGCCCUCAACCCUGAUGUGAGAGAGAAGUGGAAGCAGCAGACAGGCCUGGAGCUUCAUGAAGGCUAUGGACAGUCUGAAACAGUUGUAAUCUGUGCCAAUACAAAAGGCAUGAAAAUCAAGUCUGGAUCCAUGGGGAAAGCAUCCCUACCUUACGAUGUCCAGAUUGUGGAUGAUGAAGGCAACAUCCUGCCUCCUGGAGAAGAGGGAAACAUUGCUGUCCGCAUCAGACCCACCCGGCCCUUCUGUUUCUUCAAUGGCUAUUUGGACAAUCCUGAGAAGACAGCCAGAUCAGAACAAGGGGACUUUUACAUCACAGGGGAUCGAGCCCACAUGGACAAAGAUGGCUACAUUUGGUUCAAGGGAAGAAAUGAUGAUGUGAUCAAUUCUUCAAGCUACCGGAUUGGGCCUGUUGAAGUGGAGAGUGUCCUUGCAGAACAUCCAGCUGUCCUUGAGUCUGCUGUGGUCAGCAGCCCGGACCCCAUCAGAGGGGAGGUGGUAAAGGCAUUUAUUGUUCUUUCCCCUGAGUACACCUCUCAUGACCCAGAGGAACUAACCCGGGAGCUCCAGGACCAUGUGAAAAGGGUGACUGCUCCAUACAAGUACCCCAGGAAGGUAGCCUUCGUUUCAGCUGCCGAAGACGGUUUCUGGAAAACUCCAAAGGGGCAAACUGAGAAGCCAAGAGUGGGGGAAAUGAGGUAAAACCCCAGAAAGCCUCUCAAAGUUUCCAGAAAGAGCUGGCGGCAUCACUAGUCAGCUGCCACUUGGAGCAUCAUCCCUGCAACCCUGUAGACAGUGACCGUGCUCUGUUUCCAAAUGGGCAGCUCUAGAAUCACUGGAUGACUCUGGAAGAAAGCAGAACAUCACUUUCCUGGAGCCCAUUGCUACUGUCUCCUCAGGCAAAUGCUUGGUGGCUUGACAUCCCCUCAUCUGCACACUAGUCUUACUAAAAGCUUUCAGUCAUCGGCUAAAGGACAGCUUCCCAUAGCCUUGGGACACUUGUGGUCUCAUCCUCUGCCAGUGCAAAUAUAAAGAAUCGACCCUUUGGAUAAAACUGUGUGUUGAUAGUACACGAGACUGUAAAUUUGGUAAAACCCUUUAGCUCAGAAAUUCUAUCUUUGGGACUCACUACAAAAGAAAGAAAUCAAAAUGCAGAAAAUGUUUGGCACACAAAAAUGUUUACUGUGACACUGUUUAAAACUGAAAAACAAGCACAAGCAGAAUCAAAGAACAAGGAAAUGGUUAAUUAAUUAUAAUUAAGUAUAAUAAUAACCAAUAAUAGAUAAUGACAAUCUAAUCGUGGUAUGUUAACUCAACAUAUUAGAUGGUCUUUAAAAAUAUUUCAAGGCAGUUUACCAAGUCUUGGGAAAAAUAUAAGCUCUGUUAAUUUUAAAAAUUAGAAUAAAAAUAAGUGCAUAGUGGAGAAUCACAACUCUGAAAAACAAAGGAAAACUGUAAAUAGUAAAUUUUUGGAGAUUAGGGAGAGAGAGAAAACAAUGGGUGGUGAUUUUUCCCCCCUUCCUCUUUACAUUUCUGUAUUUUCUAAAUUUUUUGUAAGUGGAUAGAACUAUUUUAAUAAAGCAUUAUUUCAAGAAAACAAUCUUCCAAAACUC